CCCUCCAGUUCUAAAAAGAAGCAUCCAGAAGGACUCGGGAAGUUUCUUGUCCGCUCCUUUAAAUCCUUUCUCGUAGUUCUCUUCUGAUAAGGACUGUAAAAGAGUAAGAUUUUAUAUAUCCCGGCGAAGCCUUUAAGAUCUUCGGUGAACAAAUUAAGCUUUAGAUCGAAAUGGCGGUUUCCAAAAGUCUCGUCUUUAGCAUUCUGGUUAUGAUAAUGCAAGCAAAUAUGGGAUGCGAAGCUUUCAUUCCAGCUUUACGCAGAGAUCUUGUCCCUCGCUGGAACCCUUUUGAUGAAUUAUGGCAGGUGGAUCCCUUCAAGAUUUUAGAAGAAAAUCCUCUGUCCACUCUCGGGGAAAACCUAGACGGCCGCAUGUCCUUAACCAGAGUGAACUGGAAGGAGACUCCGGAAGCUCACUUUAUUACACUAGAUGUUCCAGGGAUAAAGAAAGAGGAUAUUAAAAUAGAGGUUGAGGGUGACGUGGUGACUGUGAGUGGGGAGAGUAAGAGGGAGGAGAAAGAAGAGUCUGACAAGUGGCAUCGGGUGGAAAGAGUAGAGGGCAAGUUUCUUCGGCGGUUCAGAUUGGCGGACGGUCACAUGGAAGGAAUAAAGGCUAGCCUGGACAAUGGAGUGCUGACUGUGAAUGUGCCAAAGCUCCCUAAGAAGGAAGCGGAGCCGAAGGCCAUUCCUAUUACUGUGACAGAGCAGUCCUGCCUUCAGGGUGGUGACAACAUGUGUAAAGCAUUAAGUGUUAAUCAGCAUAGAGAUCUGUGAACAGAUGUGUUAUGGAAUAAGACCUAGUAUAUAUAAGCCUUAAGUUUGUGACAGCAAAGUCUGUGUUCAGCAGACAUGAUCAAAGGUUUUUUCUUUUUUGUUUGGAACGAAUCAUUUGGAUUGCAGGAAUCACUUUUAGACUGGUAAAAUUUCAAUAGCUGUGUAAAUUUUGGAAUGUCUUAAUAAGAGGUAUUCCUUUUUCAUA